AUGGUGUACGAUUGGGCUGGCAAGCGCGAUAUCUGCUAUCGCAUGUACAUCGAGGAGAAACGCGCCCUGGAGGAUAUCAUGGAGUACAUGAGAAAUGCUUAUCAGUUCGCACCAAGCAAGCGUGCCUUUCAGACUCAGUUCAAGCGAUGGGGGUUUCCUUCCAAACAAAACCCAGCACAUAAAAAUGUCCAACUCGUGGCGCGAGUCAAGGAACUAUGGGAACACAAUACGAACCAGCGCGACAUGCUCCGGAUUUUGAAUCAGGAAGGGUUUGAGAUUAAAGAAAGAGAGUUAAUGCGCGUACGUGCGAAGAAUCGCUGGCUAUUGCGCGUUCCCAAUGGCAUGAAGUCGCAACCAAACGCCGAGACCCAUGAGACACAGCCGGAGGAUGAAGGGCUUCUCGCCUUGCAGCAGGAGGUCUACAAGCAGGAUGCGCCCUUCGAGAGCACCGAUGCUCUUCCGCAUCAAUCUGUGACGCCGGUUGGAGAGGAACCCGCCUCGCCUGGCUUGUCGCCAGAGGUCAUGGCGAAGCGCAAGGAGAGACUGGAACGUCUGAAAUCGGAAAGCGCUGAAAGAUGGGCGUCCAGAAAGCGUCGUCGCCGUACACGUGCAUGGGCUGGUAUGCCAGCUGAUCCGCCGGGGCCUCCACGAUUCCCAUCCGAGACUACGAUCGAUGAAAGUAAACAGUACCUGAGUUUGGACAGCACACUGUAUCGCCAAACACGAGACCAGUUCCAGAGAAUUUGCGAAGACGCAGGAUUUGUCAAAAAGACCUCUGCUGGAUCGGAAAGAUGGCAAGCGGCUAAAGACAGACUGAUUCAGGAAUCUCCACACCUACAGCAAGUUUUUAAUGCCGAGCCAAACCAGCGUGAUGCGAAAGCUCUUGCCCUCGAUGUUGUUUGCACCGAUGUCACGAAGCGGAUGAGAACACUUGAAAGACGAAUGACGAUCGCAGAAGCCAAAAAUGCUCUCGGAAUCAACCCUGAAGAAAGCCGCCAGAUCCGCAAUGCAUUCUACGAGACUUUGAAGGCAGACCACUUCACAAGCAAGUUAGAAGCUGGGGACGACCACUGGCAAGAACUAAAGGCACAGUGGAUUCGCAACUCAGCAUUGCUCCAGCGAAUUCUCGAACCCGGUCAGGCCGACCCGGAUCACACGAACAAACUGAAAGCCAUGGAGGUACUGUGCCGGGAUGUGAUGAAACGGCUUCGCGACGACCAGACAAAGCGAGAUCCGGCUCGCAAGAGAUCGACUCCACGCAGCGAGACACAGAAUACUGCUGUGGGUAAUAUGUUAGGAAAUGAGAUCAGCAACGGCAUCAGCACCCUUGCUUCGCAGGCGCUUGCAAGUGCUCCAAUUUCCACGAGUGACAUUGGGGAUAUGCAGAUUGAUCCGUCUUUGCUGCAGGCAGCAAAUGACCCAUCCUCGUUCGCCGCCAAUCCCCAACGGGAGGCCGGGAGUGCUUUUGAAUACAUGGACCCAAUAAUCCAUUCAAAUUUGCUGAAUACCCUUGUCCAUCUGCAGCUAAGUCCUCAUAGCCAGCUCCAGGACCCUUCUUUGGGGACGUGGGUUGAGAAGCUGGCAACACGGUCGGUCGAGGAGCUUCGCCAAGUGAUUGGAGCGAAGUAUCCCUAUUCGAUCAUCAGCAAGGUCGAAGGACUCGACAGGGAUGAACAUGGAAACGAAACCUUCUUUCCCAUUGACGAGGAUCAUGAGUUGGAUGCUUACUUGAAUCAUGUUCAGGGAAGAAAGGCAUUGUUUAAUUUGGCAUUACACAAAUUUUAG